GAUGUUGCGACAGGUGUUGCACGAAGGUCUCAGGACGUCUUUCCAUAAAUUGGGCCAUUUUGUCGCCAAUCACCCUGUCUUCUUUGCCUCUGCUCCGGUUCUCAUCUCUAUCUUGCUAGGCGCAAGUUUCAGCCGGUACCGCAUUGAAGAAAACGUGGAGUACCUGUUAGCCCCCAAGCACAGUCUAGCGAAGAUAGAGGGGAACUUGGUGGAUAGUUUGUUUCCCGUAAACAGAUCCAAACACACGUUGUAUUCGGAUCUGCAGACGCCAGGCAGAUACGGUCGUGUCAUCGUCACCUCACGCAGAGGGAGUAUCCUAGACCCACACUACGUCGAUUUAGUUCUUAAGCUCCACCACACCGUCACCCAGCUCCAGGUCCCCAUGCUGGGCUUCAACUACACCUUCAACCACCUCUGCCUGCUGGACGACGCCAAGAGCUGCAUCGUGGACGACAUUGUCCACGCGCUGACCGAGACGCAGACGGCCCGCGCCGCCAACCGCUCCGCCCCACCGCUGCGCUACCCAAUCACGAGCUUGCGGGACGGCCGCGAGGCUUACAUCGGGCACCAGCUGGGCGGCGUGCAGCCGUCGGCGGGCGGGCGGGACGGGGUGCGCGUGGCCCGCGCCCUCCAGCUCACCUACUACCUGCAGGCGGUGUCGCCGCUCAACGAGGUGGUGGCGGCGCGCUGGGAGGUGGCCUUCUGCGGGGAGCUGGAGCACUUCGGCCAGCAGCACCCCGAGCUGGCGCUCUACCCCUUCACCUCGUCCUCGCUGCAGCGGGACUUCCAGAGGACCAGCCGCGUGGCCGAGCGGCCGCUCCUCUUCAGCCUGGCCGUGUGCCUGGCGCUGGCCGUGCUGUGCUGCUCCAUGCGGGACUGCGUCCGCACCAAGCCCUGGCUGGGCCUGCUCGCCCUGGUCACCAUCAGCCUAGCCACGCUCACCUCCGCCGGCAUUUUCAACCUCAGUGGGGGGAAAUACAACUCCACCUACCUAGGCAUCCCUUUCGUCAUGCUAGGGCACGGUUUGUUCGGUACCUUCGAAAUGCUGUCGUCGUGGCGGCGGACGCGAGAGGACCAGCACGUGAAGGAGCGCGUGGCGGCCGUCUUCUCCGACUGCCUGCUGCCGUUCACGGCCAGCACGGCGCUGCACCUGGUCACCUUCGGCAUAGGCGCCAGCCCCUUCACCAACAUCGAGGCCGUGCGCCUCUUCUGCCGCAACGCCUGCCUGUCUGUGCUCUUGAACUACCUCUACAUCCUCACCUUCUUUGGCUCCAACCUGGUGUUCGCCGGCUACCUGGAGAACAACUACCGCCACAGUCUCUUCUGCCGCCGCGUUCCCAAGCCCGAGCUCCUGCAGCAGAAGCCCGCCUGGUACCGCUUCCUAAUGUACACGCAGUACAACGAGGGCCCCACCUCGGAGCCCGACAUGCAAGCGUACGAGAGCCACCUGCUGGUGGCCUUCAUGAAGCGCUACUACUGUGACUGGAUCACCAACACCUACGUCAAGCCCUUCGUCGUGCUGUUCUACUUGGUCUAUGUAUCGUUCGCGCUCAUGGGCUACCUGCAGGUCAGCGAGGGCUCGGACCUGAGCAACAUGGUGGCCACGGACACGAGCACCAUAGCGUACAUGCGCGCGCAGCAGCGCUACUUCAGCAGUUACAGCCCCGUCAUCGGCUUCUACAUCUACGAGUCCAUCGAGUACUGGAACAACAGCGUGCAGGAGGACCUGCUGGAGUACACCAAGGGUUUCGAGCGCAUCUCGUGGUUCGAGAGCUACCUGAACUACCUGCACGGGCUCAAUGUAAGCGCCAGCCUGUCGCCGAGGAACUUCACAGAGCGCUUGCGCUCGGGCUUCCUGCGGCAGCCGCGCUACCUGCACUUUUCCGACGACAUCAUUUUCGCGCGGCGUGCCGACGGCGACUUCGAGGUGGUGGCCUCGCGGAUGUUCCUCGUGGCCAAGACCACGGAGAACAAGCGCGAGGAGAUGGCCAUCCUGCUGGACACGUUGCGCAAGCUCUCGCUCACCUCGCGCAUCAAGUUCAUCAUCUUCAACCCGUCGUUCGUCUACAUGGACCGCUACGCGUCGUCCGUGGGGGCUCCGCUGAAAAACUCCUGCAUCGCUGCCCUCUUCCUGUUCUUCUUCUCCACGUUCCUGGCGGCAGACCCGCUGGUCAAUGCCUGGCUGACGGUGACGGUGGCCUCGGUGGAGUUCGGCGUUGUGGGCUUCAUGACGCUGUGGCGUGUGGAGCUGGACUGCGUGUCGGUGCUGUGCCUGAUCUACGGCGUCAACUACGCGGUGGACUCAAGCGCGCCGAUGGUGUCGGCGUUCGUGCUGGGCCGCGAGCACUCGCGCACGCGCUGGGUCAAGCUGGCGCUGGAGCGCCACGGCGUGCCCGCCCUGCAGAGCUACCUGUGCUACGGCGCCGCCCUGCUGCCCCUCGCCGCCGUGCCCUCCAACCUGACGCGCACGCUCUUCCGCUGCCUCUUCCUCACCAUGCUCAUCACCGCUUUCCACUGCCUGGCCAUCCUGCCCGUGCUGCUCACCUUCCUGCCGCCCUCCAAGCGGAAGAAGAGGGAUAAGAAGAGGAGCGGUGACAGUCGCGAGGAGAUCGAGUGCGUAGAGAUGGAGGACAGCACUCGCGUGGUUGACCAGAUCACCACUGUCUGACAGUGACGAUGGGGAAAAUCGCUGGGGUUAGGUAAUCUGGUCAACUGUUUUAACAAGAAUAACAAACAGAUGGAAAAACGGAAAGCUGAUGCCCUUCCAGUGGAAGAUGAGACGCGAUAGGGCUUGUUUUGAGUGUAUGAGUAUGAGUACGUUGCUCAGUAUGAUGUAGGGUGUCAAGUUAAGGCUCCAACUCAGAGGCCUCUGUCCUUUUUAAAGUGUUCAAAUUCAAACCCUAGUUUUCAAGUGAGGCUCAGUAACUGUGUCGUAACCCUUUUUCUACGCCUCUCUGUGGAAGUUAGGCCUGGUUGCUAUGGUGAAAUUCCUCUGUAGGCGAUAGCGCAGCACAGCAGAAGAACCUUCACCCCUCUAUGCCCUUCAGGACCAUUGGAGGCCGAUUAUCCAACAGCUGCAGAUAAUUACAGAGUUCUUUGGCAAGCGGUUUACAAGUGUAGGAGACAGUAAGAGAGGGUGAGAGGGUUUUAAUAUGUUUUUUUUUUUGUUUUUAAAUGCAGAUGUAGUAUGCACUUGCUAGACAUAUAGCAACAUUACUGUGAUAACAGCAGAGUUGAGCCAUAGGAAGAGCGACUCCCUUAGUGCUUAUUCAUGAGCUGACUCCUGCUCCCUGUCAAACACUUGUCUCCAUCUGUCUCUCCUCUCCCCUCUUUCAUUCUCAGUCUUUCCUCUUUCUCUUUCUCUUUGUGUUUCCUUGCCCUUUGUAUCUGCUGUUUUCUUUUAAGACUGAAAAUGACAGGGAGCAUGGAUGUGUGUUAGAAAGAGAGAGACAUAGAGAGAGAAAGAGAGAGAGAGGGUGUUGAGUGUGUGUGAGUGUGUGUGUGUGUG